AUGGUUGAUAUGCCGAGCAGGACUACACAAGAAGAGGCCAAGACGAUAGAGUAUGAGAAUGCACCCCCGAUUGAGGAAGAAGUUGAGGAGGUCACUGUUGAGGUUUCUAGCAAAAAGAAAGAUGGAAAGCAGAAAGCUACUUCGCCAACAACUGUGACUAUACCUUUCCCUCAGCGCCAUAAGAAAGAAAGGAUGAAAGAGCGGCUCUCUAAGUUUUUAGAGAUCUUUAAGAAGGUGAACAUCAACAUCCCGUUGGUGGAGAUGUUACUAGAGAUGCCGCAGUAUGCCAAAUUCCUCAAGGACAUAGUCUCCCGGAAGAAGAAGUUGGGAGAGUUUGAGACGCUGGCGAUUGGGGAGUUAAAGCCGACAUCUAUGAGGCUGCAGAUGGCAGACAGGUCGGUCACUUAUCCUCGUAGAGUUGUGGAGAACGUGCUAGUGAAGGUGGGGGAUUUUAUUUUCCCUGCCGAUUUUGUGGUUUUAGACAUUGGGGACGAUAACAAAAUCCCGCUGAUUUUGGAGCGCUCGUUCCUUGCAACAGGAAGAGCUUUAAUUGAUGUGGAGAAGGGAGAGCUUACGUUGAGAGUUCAUGAGGAAAGCCAAACGACCCAGGUGAUCAGAAAUUUAAAGGAUGAGACUUGGAAGGCAAAAGUGGAGCACGGGGCAGCUGGUUACAGCACUGCUUGUACCAGCCUCCUUGAAGAGUUUGAUGUUCUGUCGAGCUAA